AUGCCUGCUUUCAAUUUCUCGACGACUGGAUCCGAAGUAGUGGCUGCAUUGCCAGAUCGAGUCGCUGGGAAGACAUGUAAGUAUAUCUUCCUGCGAGCAGCAGAGCGUCCCCAAUUCGAUGUUGUUGCUGAAGAGGCUAUAGUUGUUAUCACCGGAGCUAGUCCGGGAGGCCUUGGAGCCAACACAGCCCUUUGCCUCGCAGCUGCCAAUCCUGCCGAGAUCGUCCUUCUCGGGCGCUCCGAAGAGAAAGUCUCUCCAGUCAUGAAGGAGAUCAGCAAAAUCAGCCCCUCCACCAUUGUUCGAUUUAUCAAAAUUGACCUUAUGUCUUGUGCAUCAGUGCGCACUGCGGCAGCGGAGAUUAAUGCGUCUGUCUCAAAGAUCGAUGUCCUAAUCAAUAACGCAGGCAUUAUGGGUGUCAAAUUUUCCCUGACUGCUGAAAACGUGGAAAGCCACCUGGGUGCGAAUCACAUUGGUCACUUCCUGCUCACCAACCUCCUGGUUCCGAAACUUGAAGCUUCUGGCGGUGGCGCUCGCAUCGUGAAUGUAUCCAGUGCCAUGUACCAGCUUAGCCCAGUUAUGUUCGACAACUAUAACUUCUCCGACGGCAAGACCUACGACCCUUGGAUCGCUUAUGCACAGUCCAAGACAGCAAACAUUUUGUUUGCUGUUGCAUUGGCCAAACGUCUGGAGAUGAAGGAAAUACGGUCCUAUUCAUUACACCCCGGACUUAUACAGACAACGGGUCUGUCGUCCGGAGUAGAUCCAGCAGCAUGGCCAAUUGUGGGAUCCAUGUUUGAAAGCAAGAAGCUUGUGUUGCCGAAGGAAAAGGGCAUCGACCAGGGCUGCGCAACUACUCUCGCAGCGGCCCUGGACCCUGCGCUUGACAGUUCAUUCCUGAACGACUGUAAUCCAGAAAAGGUUUUGGACUACGCCUCUGACUCCAUCAAUGCAGACAAAUUGUGGAGACUGAGUGAGAAGAUUGUCGGAGAAAAAUUCAGCUGCUAA